AUGUUCGGGAACAGGACGAAGGGCAAAGAACCCCGGGCGACGGUUCCGGAGCCCGACUUCCGGCGCCCCCAAGAAGGUAGCACCGCGGGGCGGCUCGGGGACGCCGCUGGGGGCGUGGCCACGGAGGCCUGGAAGGCGGGGCCGCAGGACAGGGGCGUGGCCACGGAGGCCGGAGAGGCGUGGCCGCAGGGCAGGGGCGUGGCCACGGAGGCCGGGAAGGCGGGGCCGCAGGACAGGGGCGUGGCCACGGAGGCCGGGAAGAGUGUUUUCAGUUCUUUUUGUUUGAGAGACGUAUAUACCUUAUAUCCCUUCUACCUUAUUCCUUACCUGUCCAUAUCUGGAGGAGAAAGAAAUGUAGAACUAGCCAGUAUGAGAUUGGUCAUCACGAUUAAGGCUCUAGAUAUCUUGUCUAAUUUUCCUGAGCAAGUAGUAGACAAUCUCCCUGCUGAUGUAUCCACUGGCAUUUAUUAUGGUUGGGCCAGUGUUGGAAGCGGUGAUGUCCACAAAAUGGUGGUGAGCAUUGGAUGGAACCCGUACUAUAAGAAUUUGAAAAAGUCCAUGGAAACCCAUAUCAUGCAUACUUUCAAAGAAGACUUCUAUGGGGAAAUCCUCAAUGUGGCCAUUGUUGGCUACCUCAGACCAGAAAAGAACUUUGAUUCUUUAGACUCUCUCAUUGCAGCCAUUCAAGGGGAUAUUGAAGAAGCCAAGCGGCUGCUGGAAUCCCCAGAGCACUUGAAACUCAAAGAUGACAAUUUUUUCCAGGUCUCUAAAGGAAAGAUUAUGAAUGGUCACUGAUGAAAGGAAAAGAGUACCUUUUUUUGUUUCUUCUGUUCUCUAGUAUUUCACUGGUCACAACUGUGCAGCCCCAUCCUGGUUGUUUGAAAGUCAGACAUUGUCCUAUGGCCGUGAGUGAGUUCUGACAGUACAUGAAGUUGCCCUGUUAAUGUGUGCUUCAGUGCUGUCAAAAACCCACCAGACUGCAGUACUCAAAAAAAAAAAAAA